CGUUGCCGUCGUUGCGCGAAACUGGAUAACGAUGCUCGUUUACGACAAGAUUUCUCGAAGUUUCGUUCCAUGUUGCUUGCCUUACGACAUUCGGAGGAAGAAUACAGUGAUGGCUCGAAAAUUGCGUUCAUUAUUCAGGAGGCAGAUUUAAGGUAUCUUGUGGAAAAUAUCUGGAACGGCCAGAGCUGCUUGAGUGCAUGGGAGGACUUGCAUGAUCUUGUUCUGGUGAGGUGGAACAAGCAUGAGCACUGGGCCCCUUGGAACUGCAUCCUGCUUACCAAAGAAGAGGCUGCCGCACACUCUAAAUUGGAAAACGUAAACGAGGGAUAUGGAAGGAUUUUCAUUGGAAAGGUUCACAACAGGCACGUGCUUGCACAGAAACAUUUCUCUAAACUGACCGACGUCGCUGACAAAAUGCAAACAAAGGGAACAGUUAAAGCCAGGCCGAAAGCCCAACAGCUUGCAUCAUAAUACCGUAUUUAAUAUUGUUUUUAUUUGUUGUACAGAAUGUAUGAAAUUCGUAGUUGAUUAAGAUGGUGUCAAAUAUAGCAAGAGUCCCUUGUUUAGAAACAUACUUUGGAGAGUCGACCCUGUUCCCAGACCUA